AUGGGGUAUGUUUCGCAAUCCAAUAUUAUACAGGGACCUGCGUUACCUAGCCCCAAGGCCAAGGAGUGCAUUGGUAAACAUCAAAUUCCUUUAAAUGAAAGAAGUGUAGACAUCAGAGUCGUCCAAUUCGAACCAUUUGCAUUUGACAAUUUCGAUGCAAAACCAUUGACGGCAGAAAUAGUAAAUUCCGAAGAUCUACUUCAAAUUCAGUUGCGCUAUUCUGAAGAUGAACGACCGGUAAUCUAUGGAGGUCCAUUACAGGAAUUGGGAAAUUUUACUUUGGCCCGAAUCGAUUGGUAUUCGUUGGAAGUGACGGAUCCCGCCAAUGACUUGGACGAUAUAAAAUUUCCAGUAGAAUUGCACAUCAUAUUCUAUAAUAAAAAAUAUAGAUCGCUAGCCAAAGCGGGACAUCGACCCAAUGGCAAUAUGGUGUUAGCAUUCCCACUGAAGGUACAGUCCAGGAUAAUUUUUGAUGGAAGUAAUAACAAUUUGGAACCCAUGUUUUAG